UCAGCCAAUCAGGUGCAAGUGUGUGAAAGCUACCUGUCGGGACAGAUAAAUGUGCCGGCAGCGGCAGGCCCAAAUCAAAACCGCUUCACUCAAGGAGGUACACAGAUAUAACCUCUCUCUCUAUCUCUCUCUCUCUUUUUUCCCCCCUCUCUUUCUUCUCUUUCUCUAACCGUUAUAAAUAUAUCUAAACGGAAACACACACCUUUACCAGAGAGGAGAGCUUCGACUGAGGAUUUAAUUCUGCUGCCUCUGAGGAACGACAUGACCAAGGAGAUUGAAGCUCUGAUGGUUUUACAGAACGAGAGCUUUAAUUAUCCAUGCUACUCUGACAAUUAUCUAAUGGACUCCUGGAACUACAUAGACAUCGACAGCUGCAAAACAAAAUCCAGGAUCACUGAUGAUGAUCUGAGCAGUAUCUCCAUCUUCAGUGAUAUUUGCAAGACUCCAAAAGAGCAGAAGAUGACUUCCUGUUCACAUGGUGGCAACACGUUUAAACCAAUGGACAGAACACCCAAUGGUUCUUCUCCUGAGCUGACACAGCUACAAACCGCGCACCUCAUGAAGCUGGUCUCCGAGAACAUUUCCACCACUCAGUCACAAGUCGCGAAACAAAUUUCUCAAAGCAGCAACAACAACAACUACAUCCAGGCCGUCGCGGGCGACAGCUAUGAAAAGCAAGCCAUCAACAACAUAUUUGAUUCCCUUAUGCUGAACACACCCCAAAAAAUGUGGACUUCGGAUCCCACCUAUACUGAUCCCAGCACUGAACCCAUAGGCUACAACAAUCAGUUUGUGGGCCACCCAAGUCCUGAUUACUCCGACUCAUACUCAAACUCUCCUCCUGAGAGGUACAGCAGGAAUGAUUUCCAGUUCAUUCUCGGAGCACCACAAGCCUCCCAAAACAAGACCACAGAGAUUCCUAUGGUGUACCUGAACAAGGGCCAGUUCUACCCCAUCACCUUGCAGGGUGUGGACAGCAGUGCUGGGAUCCCUUGCACCAAAGUGAAGACGGUGAUCAUGGCCGUGUUUGAAAACGAGAAGAGUCCUGAGAUGCAGCUGAAGUGCUGGAAUCACUGGCACGCGCGGCAGCCGACCGCUAAGCAGAGGGUCAUUGAUAUUGCUGACUACAAGGAAGUCUUCAGUGGCAUCAGCAAUGUAGAAGAGGUCGCUUUUAAUGCAUUAUCUUUCAUCUGGAACACCAAUGAAGAGGCGAAGGUGUAUAUUGGCAUCAAUUCCCUCAGCACAGACUUCUCCUCUCAGAAGGGGGUAAAAGGCGUCCCUCUGAACCUGCAGAUCGACACGUACGACUUCAGCUCUGGUACCAACCGUCUCGUCCACCGAGCCGCAUGCCAGGUCAAGAUCUUCUGCGAUAAGGGCGCAGAGAGGAAGAUGCGAGAUGAAGAACGCAAAAGAGUCAAGAGGCGAACCAAGAACGUUGCUGACUCCACUAACGGUGGAAAGCAGACUCUGGUUUCCAGCUCCAUGGGGAAGGACUGCACUUUCUUUAAAGCUCUCGAUGACCACGUCACACUGCCUGUGCUGUUCAUCCCAGAGACACACUACAGCAACCUGCAGCGAUUGGCGGUGACCACAAGUGCAGAGGAAGGUGAGAGGAACUCGCUGAAACGCGUCGCCUGCUUCAAUGAAGCAGGAGAGCAGUGUGGCUCGCCACCCAGCAAACAGCCACGCAGAGAAGAACAACAAAGAGUCCUCCUGUACGUACGGCAAGAAUCAGAAGAAGUGUUUGACGCCCUCAUGCUGAACGCUCCCACCCUGAGAGGACUCAGGCAAGCGAUUUCAGAAAAGUACGGCCUGCAAGAAGACACCAUCGGGAAAAUCUUCAAGAAAUGCAAACGGGGGAUUUUUGUGAACAUGGACGACAACAUCAUCGAACACUACAGCAACCAUUCGGCCUUCCUCAUCGAGAUCACCGAGGUCAUGCUCAAUCAGUACCAAGUCACGCUACUCGAGUUAUGAGCGACAUCAUCUUCCCAUCGACGAAAGCCCCCCCCCCCCCCCUUUCACGGGCAGUGUCUCCCCAGCCUGCCAACCCGAAAGCACUGCCACAUCUCAGAGAGAUUUCUUUCGUGCCAUCAUGGGGACAAUAGAGCGCUGCAGGUUUACAGCUUAACGUCAGCACCAUAUUAAUUACCUCUGCAAAUACAAUUUUAUUUCCUCAUUUUUAUUAAUUAUUUUAAUUAUAAUUUUUGUUCUAACCACGUAAGCAAUUAUGAUGCAUCAGACGAAAGGAGCGGAUGAAUGAACGAGUUGUAAAUAUGAAUUGUAAAUAGAAGUGAAUAUUGUUAUCAGAAGAGACUUUGUACGUCUUAUUGAUUAAUAUUUUAGUGAUAGCUUUGCAAUGUCUGCCUGUUUUGGAAAACAAAAAAAGCCCCAUCACCGCUGCUUUCUGUGGGCUCAUCAUUUCUGUGGAAGGAAAAGCAGAACAUGGUAGUGGUAUUGCUUCCGCGUGCUUGUGUCGGUUCCUUUACCUUCAUGUAUGUGCCUCUUAACACUAAGCAGGUUGCAUACACUUCCGGUCAGGACUCUGUAGCUUCACACUAGCCUGCUUGUUUCACAUCCCGAACUGUCCCGGUCAAAACCAGGCCAGUUUUGGACUUUGAACGUCGCACAUUUCCUGCCCGCGGAGUGGCAUUUCUGUCUCAGUGUUUCACCUGUGAAAGCUCAGUAGCUGGUGACUUCGUGUUGCUCAUCACCGACUCCGCACAUUUCGAGGCUGCUCGGGAAUUACGGGUUUCACGGCGACGCAGCCUCCUGUCCUCCCACAUUUAGUUUAAUAAAGUAAAGAAAAGAAAAGAAAAGAAAAAGAGAACCACAAAAAAUUGUGGAAUUUUUUUUUUUUGUUUGUUUAUUCGGAUU